UCGAUGAGUUCUGGAUUCUCGUGUUGGAAGUUAGUUCACUGAAUCAACCCUCCUUAACUCGCCCUGCCACCACCGCGGAGCAUCCAGUGCUUCCACGAGAGCUAUUGGUGCAUCGCUUUCGGACUGAGCGGCUGGCACACGAGCAACCGCUACAUUAGCAUCAAAGCUGCUUAUUAUAUGCAACCGAUUGACAGCUGAGGGGAUGACACGUACGGAUAACUUUUGGCAAGCGUGCCCACUACAUACAGCCAGCAAAGCAUUCUACAUGCGAUCCUUCGCUGUCAGCAGGACGCAUGGUGGCAUGGGAAUCACCCUUGGCCAGACUAGAUUCACUGUGCAGAUGCAGGCGCACGACUACCCGUGCAUUUAUUUCGCCUAUUGCGUUUACAUGAUUGCACGGCACAAUGGCAACCCUUACAUUUCAAGCACGAAGAGAGCAAUCAACGAACAGCAAGAGAUAGGACAAGACUCCAUCUCUCGUUCCUUUUGCCACGCCAAAUUGUCACUCCAUAAUCCACUGGGCGACGGGGACUCACCGCUUAGCGAUUUGGGCACCGAGAGGGUCUGGCGGCAAGGCGGGUAGGACAGAGAUAUCGCCGCUGGCUUGACAUCCACUUCCAUGAGUAGCGUCACCUAUGUAUACUGUAGCACACCCCAUGUGACGGGUUUCGGUGACACCAAGUAAGAG